AAAUGCCCUAACAUGAUUCGAUUCGUAUAUAAAGACGCUUAAUGUGACAAGCGAACUUGCUCAUUAGGGUUUCUCAUCUACGACGGCGUGGUGUUCCUCCUUCCUGCUCUGAAAAAUGGCGAAGAGAACGAAGAAGGUUGGAAUCGUCGGCAAAUACGGAACACGUUAUGGUGCGAGUAUCAGGAAGCAGAUUAAGAAGAUGGAGGUCAGCCAGCACAGCAAGUACUUCUGUGAGUUCUGUGGCAAGUACGGAGUGAAGCGAAAGGCUGUUGGUAUCUGGGGUUGCAAGGAUUGUGGCAAGGUCAAGGCAGGUGGUGCUUACACAAUGAACACCGCCAGUGCGGUCACUGUUAGAAGCACGAUCAGAAGGUUGAGGGAGCAGAUCGAGGGUUAAAAGUCUGCUGGCUUUUUAUAUUUGGUUUCCUUGUUUUGACAAUUUAAGUUUUGCAAACUCUAUGCUUGUGAUUUUGAAUCAAGACUUAUACAUUGAGCAGUUUAAGCAGGUUUUUAUUUUUUGUUGAGUUAAUUUUCAAAGUUUCAUUACCAAUAGUUCUAGCUAUAUAACCUAAAGUUAGGCUUGAGGUUUUGAAUGUUUGAUCCUAUUCAACACCUAAUUAUAAAUCCUUGAAUCCUGAUCUAAUGUGAUGUUUCUUAUACUUUAUUUUGAUCAGC